AAAAGUCGCCCUCAUCCUGCUCCUCUCUCAGUUUAUGCUAUUUGUCAAGUUGCAUUUGCAACAAAACAGAAACAUGAAGGUUUACCUGCUGCUGAUGCUCCUGCUGCCGAUACUCUCAGCUCAGGCGUCUAACAUCAAGUGUUACGGUGAGGAUUCCGUGUGGGUCAGGAACAUGCUGCUAGACUGCGGCGGCCCAGUCAAACAGGCCUGCUACACCAGAGCUAGUGGAGAGAAAGGCUGCACUACGUUGGACAACUGUCAGCAACCUGGCUGGACCUGCUGCUAUACCGACGGCUGCAACAUCUGAGCCAAUCACAGACCAAGACAUACUGAUAUCAUCAAAGUAAACAAUGUGAAAUAAAGUCUGGUAGAUUUCCCAGAA